AGUCUCUACUAUACUAGGCUAAUAUAGGGGAAGAUGCCCCAUUGUCUGUUUACUGUGCAUAAACAACCCCAGUUUGGUAUUACAAUCUUGAAGUAUAAUAUGCAGUUUAAUAAAUUUAAAAGAAAUUGCGUAAAAGGGCAUCUUCCCCCACUACUGGGGCAGGAUGUUUUGGUAGUAUUUAAUAAGCAUUUUGAUGAUAACACCUUGGGCUAUAACAUUUUUAGACUAAACAAUCAAUAAGAAAAUCGGUGUUAGAUCCAUCCCAACGUGACUACCAAUGUGACUUUGAUAGUAGACUUGCACUAACUAUUGUUUUUAUUGUGAACUAAUCUCAAGUAUUAAGUAAUCUAGUGUUUGGUUUCUAAAAUGUCAUAGUAAUAGUGAAAAAUGCAGUAUAACUGAAAAUACAUUUAAAUUAAAUCACGCAAGCAAACUGAAGUGUCUCAGGAGCAAAAGGAAGUACAUGAACAAAUCCAGAGAAUAGACCUUAAAAGCCUAGAGUGUUAUAUACAUGAUCCACUAUAUUACAAGAUGAACCAUUCAGAAACAACAAAAGCAACUAAAACCUGUACACACAAUUAGAAAUAGUUUAUUGUAGGACAGAAAUAAAUGAUGGCUUAAUUUUGCACUGUGUAAUAUUUUCAGACUUUCGGUAGACAAUGGAUCCGACCUGCAGCGUUUCUGCGGUUCCAGCUGGCUUGACAGUCCAGGUGUGUUUCCCUGGUGCCCGUGCUGCCGUGUUGGACAACCUAAACCGCCAGCGGGAACAGGGAAGGCUGUGCGACCUCUCCAUCCAGGUGCAAGGGCAAGUUUUCAGGGCCCAUCGUUGUGUGCUUGCUGCAUCCUCACCUUACUUUCAUGACCAGGUGUUACUAAAGAAUGUUACAACAGUUUCCCUACCCUCAGUCAUGGACCCAGUGGCCUUUGAGAGCGUCCUGAGUUCUGCCUACACAGGUCAGCUGAGCAUUGUGCAUGACGACAUUGUCAAUUACAUCACCGUGGCCAGCUUUCUUCAGAUGUGGCACAUUGUGGACAAAUGCACUGAGAUUUUGAAGAGGCCCCGGCCCUCAGUAGAUGUCAUUCACGAAGAGGUCACUGUGGCUCACCCAGGCACCGUGUCUCGACAGCAGUCACCAAGCAGCACCGACUGCCUGUAUUUGGAAAGGGAGGGAAGGAGGAGGGAGAGGAAGCCUGAUGCUUUGCCUCCCUUAGCUACAUGGAGACGCCCACAGCAAUUUCCUCGAUGGGGCCGGUCACGCCCCUCCUCAGGUCAGCACUCAGCAGAUUCUCAACUGGACGCUGUCCCUGGCUAUACAGAGAAUGACUACACCAGCUGUGAGGAGGCAUGGAUAACAAGCCACGCUAAAACGAGCCACUUUGCGCAUGAUGGACCUGGCCACAAUGGCCGACACCACGGGGCGUUCCCCGGUGGUGAGGCCUUAAAACAGAAAGUGAGGUUGCAGCAGCGGGGCGCACCGCCAAGUGCUGAUAGGCUGCUUGAUAAAAACAGAGAGAGCGGGGACAGUGAUGAGACACAAGGGAGGAGGAAGAAUGAGAAAAGAGAGAUUGAAGCAGAUGAAGGAGUAGGAGAAGAGGAGGUGGAGAUGAAGGAAGUCUUACCACAAAUGGGACAUUGUGCCUUCCACCCAGUUUCAGAUCAGAACGAGGAAGCCAAACAAGCCACAGGGAAGACCCGUGGGGAGGAGAUAAAAGAAAAAGUGCAGAGAGAUAUUUCAGGAAGUGAUCACUGCUCAGACCUGCUCCAUGCUUGCCAAACACGUGAAGGAGUUCCGGGCCCAUCCUGUCCGGUUUCAGCCCGGCAGCAGUGGCAGGCAAGUCCCUGGUCUCAGCAAGACUCAAGGCCACAUGAAGGAGCGGGUGGCAGCUGCAGUAAAGAUGAGGAGGAAGAGGAUGUGGACUUUGAAUGUUUCACAGAAGGGGUUUUUAACAGAGAGACAUACAGUGAGAUUGAAGAUGGUACAGGGCAAGUGUCCCAGAGGCCUUUAGUGUCUGUGUCUCCUGACUUCACCAUGGCGAGCUCAGAGGUAAACUGGCCCUCCACCAGCGUGGGACAGGGUGCCUCACUGACCCCCACCUCUAGUAGCCAUUUUUCCUCAUCCUCUGCUGCUUUCCCACCACCCUCUUCACCCCCAACCCCAUCUUCAUCAUCCUCCGUGUCCCUGGCUGGCACCCCCUACACGGGAAAAGUCCACUUCUGCCACUGCGGCAAGGCCUACACCCUGAAGAGUAUGCGUGACCGUCACGUGAAGAUGCAGCACCUCAAUCUACGGCCUUUUGGCUGUCCUGUUUGCCCAAAGUCCUUCAAGAUGAAGCACCAUUUAACCAAGCACCUUAAAACCCAUGGAGGGCUGCGGCCCUAUGAGUGUGGCAUCUGUGGGAAGAAAGUCAUCUGGAGAGACAGUUUCCUCAGGCAUCAGGCUCGAUGUGAGAGACUUGCCUCCAGCUCCUCAACUAACAGCAACAGUACCAGCACAGGAUUGGAUGACAGCUACAGUUAUGGAUUCGACGAAGGAGAGACCUUUCUCACAACCGGAGGACAGGUGAAAAUGGAGAAGGUGGAUCUUCAUGAGGAGAUGGAGGACAGUGUGUCUGGGAUUGUGGAUGAGCUAAGAACUCACUCACAAAGUUCAGACCCUGGCCAUCAUGUUUUUAAAGAGGAGGCGAGUGAGAGUUUUAGUGGAAAUUAAAUGUUAAUGUGAAACAUGUUUAUAGCACUUAGACUAUGUACAUAGAUUCAUACAAGGACCAUGGACUACUGAUAACAGCGAUUACUUUGAAAGUCUAUGGUGACAAAUCAUUGAAGGCUUAUUUGAGCAACUGCUUUUCCUUGAUCCUUUUUAGGUAUGUAUUUUUGUGUCGUGUAUUUUGUAAAAAGAACAUUCACAUGCUUUAUUCCAGUGAUGUUUUUUAUUUAUUUAUUUAAAAUUUGUGCAGUGUCAUGUAGGCUUAACUCUUGUCUGGUGAUGCUGUAAACUGUACGUACACAACAAGCAACAAGCAGUGCUAUGAAUGUACAUCUGGAGCACAGAUAAAGUUAAUUUACAUUUUGCGCAUCAACUAUUCGUCUAUUAGAAAAUAAACAAAAAGGUAUAAAAAUGUUUUCUCUGCAGUACUGUUGUGUCCUGUAUGUACGGGAGAGAAAGCUUGGUCUUUACAGUAAUAAACCGUUUGGACUUUUGAUUGAUCAAGACAUUUUCUAGUUUAUUCUAGAACAUUCAUUCAUUCAAGAACCCCAGCACUCAUUUUAGUGCCCCUUCUGGUGUUUUUAACUUAUUAAAAACACCAGAAGGGGCCAGUGGACUUGUGGUUUCAUUUCUGGGGAGCUGUCAGGUCGUCCAUCUUUACAUACAGUCUGUGGUCACCCUGCACCACUUCAACAAAUGUUAUGACAUGGAGUCGAUUCUAAAACAUCAAGUUCUUUGAGACUGCUGACCUGAGCGCUUUUAGAGCAGUUCUUUUGCAGCACAGCGGUGGAGCACAAGAGGUCUCUGUUUCUCAACUCUGCAGCACCGCUGUCCAGUAAAUUUGCAAGAAGUCUUCAUUGUGUUUAAAGAAGCAUAAUCCAUUAACAGCUGUUUUAAAACGAACAACUCUACAUAGAGGAUCAACAAGGAAAACUGUACAUCACCUUGUUGGUAUUAACAGUUUUUCUCCAUCACAGUAAACAGAUAUGAGUUAAGCAAAUGCUUGAAUUAUGUUGAAAUGAUGUAUUUUGGAUUAAGCACUGGAGCUUGUAUCUCAUUAGAGAAGAUUUGAAUUAAUUUCCGGGGGCUACAUUCUCAUGCCAGGCAUCUGUAUGGCCAGAAUCAGUGUAAAGACAACCCGUAGUGAAAAGCUCUGUGUGUUUUUAGCCUUUUAUGUGAAUACUCGUGUGUUAAGCACAAGAAAGCUGCCAUACACCUCCUUUUGUGCGAUGUGGAUUAUGGGCCACUGACCCAGUUACGGCAGGAGAGAUGAAGCUCUGUCCUAAUUGUGAUUUUAGGGGCAAAUGUCCUUAAAAAGCUUUACCUCAGCAUUAUUUCUCAUCAUGAGCAACAUGUUUUUUCCCACCUCUGAGUACUGACAGGAGUCUAAUGAGGGUGACUCAUCCUUGUUUAAUGUUCAGUUGAAUGUGGGACAAAAUUAAUGGCUGCAUGUAGCUGAAAUUUUGUUUUUGGAGAACACUAUGAGAUUAGGAUUAUUAUCUCAGGUAGAUGACUGGCCUCUAGAGGAUAUUUAUAGUCUUUUCACGGAUCAUGGCUUGAUUUGGAGCUAAAGCAAUACUUAAGUAAUUUGGCAGUUCAAUUAACCUUUAAGCUGGCUAAUACAUGAGGGUGCAUUGUCCAUUAUUAUGAUGAUUACAAACAUCAGGGUGUAAUUUAUAGAGUUUAUUUGUAACAUCUGCUAAAAAAAAAACAUGUUGCAUUCCCAUUUCUUUAUUUCUACACAGACGUGACAAUGCUACCACAAAUGGUCUUCAGGAUGACUCAGCUCAUCACCUCAGGAAGACCACUUUCAAACAUGAUUCAAAUGUCAUGGCCACGCUGAAUCAAAGACAGAUUGGAAGCCAGACAACAAGGGUACAGUAUGUGUAUUUUCUUGGCUUACUGUGCAGAUUGUUUCCAAGCUCCUGCAUAAAAUCUAUGGCUAUGCAUCCUGGUGACUUUUACCUGACCUAGAAUGCUUUGAUCAAAUGUCAGGAGUGUAAUAUUUUUCUAAUAUUAAUUAAGAUUUUAAAUGUUUUAGUAGCUACAUUUGAAUCUAAGAAAAAUAUUCUGGACGAAAGAGGAGUAAUCAAUGCACUUUUUAUGUCUUGUAAUUUUAGGACAUUUGCUGCAGGUCUUACUGCAAGUUAGCCGCAUCACAUCUGUAGGUACUUAUGUUCUGUAUGUAGCUGCAUCCAUGUGGCAGUUAGCCUAGCUUAGCAUAAAGACUGGAAACAGGCUAGGAUGGCUCUAGUUCAGGCUGUAAAAUAGAGAGUAUCAAUUUUUACAAGUAGGAUUUUUAAAUAAAGUGUUAAUUAGUCAGUUUAAUGGUGAUGGAGUAUUUUACAUUUGGACAGUGACAGGUUAGCUGUUUUCAGCGUUUCCAGAAUUUAUGCUAAGAUAAGCUAACCUGCUCCUGGCUCUAGUUUGGCACAACCCCUGUAAAAUGCCAAAUUGUUGUUUUUACAUUUUGGUUUAUGUACAGGUUAAACAGUAUACAGUAUAAUGUGUUAAUCAGUGAGCUUUAGAGCUUUAGACAGACAAGCUAGCUGUUCGCCCCCAUUUCCAGUCUCCAGCCACAUAUAUUGUAUUAGUGGUGUCCAUCUUCAUGCAAGAAUGCAAAUAAGUGUAAUUUCCAAAAUGUGAAACUAUUUCUUUAAUGCUAAAUGAAAGUGGUGAUUUGUACAGGUCAAUCACAUUGUUACCUAAAAACCUCAAAAAACACAAAAAUAUAAAUAUAGACAAGACAAUUGUCAGAUUUUCAAACAUUUAAUAACUUAACUAAGAGAUGACCAAAGAUGUUUAUUUCCAGUUAGGCUGAACAUUAAAAACAGUUUUACAUUAAGAGGAAACACAACACUCAGUUUCAGUUCUUAUUCGUGUAGCACCAACAUGUGUCUGCAACCUUUACAGUGCUUUUCACUACUGAGUUAAAGUGAACAUAAGAUGAGAAUAGCAAUGUAAUUUAUUAUGAGCAAAAUAAAUGUAACAAUUAUGCAUCAGAAGAUUUGAAAUCAAAAUACUGUCCUACAGUACUGAACUCCUCAUUUUUCUGCUUCCACAUUCAACCACUUGGCUACUUACGAUCUAACCAUCAAUUAAAACAAACCUUUCGUCUAUCAUCUUAUGAAUAAAAGUCAACAUUAAAAUGUCCAGUUUAAUUUAAGAAGCAAACAACCAACAAUAAAUCAGAGAGAGACACAAAAGCUACUAUUGGAAAGACAGCAGACAGGUUGUAUUUUGGAAAGGUUUCCGUUAUAACAGUGCAUUUAAAAAGGGCAUUUUAUACAUCUCCUUCGAUAGACUUGAACAGAAUCCUAUUGUACAUGUUUAUUAAUUACACUGAGGGAUAAAAACAAAACCGUUAUAUAAAAACUACAUUAGAUUUUCCAGUUGUAUCCUCACAAGCAUUUCUCUGUGACAUGAGUUUCACUGAAGCACAAACAAAACCACUCUCCAUCUCGAUUCCACAUAUAACAAAGCCAAUCUUGUUUUGGGUGUGUGAGUCGUGUUUCUAGAAAGCAGGCGGAUACACAAAGCAUCACUCUUCUACAGAUGACAGGGAACAAAUAGAAAAACAAACCUCAGACAGCAGACAC